AUGGAAAAAGCCAAUGAGACCUCCCCUGUGAUGGGGUUCAUUCUCCUGGGGCUCUCUGCCCACCCAGAGCUGGAAAAGACAUUCUUCGUGCUCAUCCUGCUGAUGUACCUGGUGAUCCUGCUAGCCAACGGGGUCCUCAUCCUGGUGACCAUCCUUGACUCCUGCCUGCACACACCCAUGUACUUCUUCCUGGGGAACCUUUCCUUCCUGGACAUCUGCUUCACUACCUCCUCAGUCCCACUGGUCCUGGACAGCUUUUUGACUCCCCAGGAAACCAUCUCCUUCUCAGCCUGUGCUGUGCAGAUGGCACUCUCCUUUGCCAUGGCAGGAACAGAGUGCUUGCUCCUGAGCGUGAUGGCGUUUGAUCGCUAUGUGGCCAUCUGUAACCCCCUUAGGUACCCCAUGAUCAUGAGCAAGGCUGCCUGUGUGCCCAUGGCUGCCAGCUCCUGGGCUAUUGGUGGUGCUGCUUCCGUGGUACACACAUCCUUGGCAAUUCAGCUGCCCUUCUGUGGGAACAACGUCAUCAACCACUUCACCUGUGAGAUUCUGGCUGUUCUCAAGUUGGCCUGUGCUGACAUUUCCAUCAAUGUGAUCAGCAUGGAGGUGACAAAUGUGAUCUUCCUGGGAGUCCCGGUUCUGUUCAUCUCUUUCUCCUAUGUCUUCAUCAUCACCACCAUCCUGAAUCCCUCAGCUGAGGAGAGGACAAAGGCCUUCUCCACCUGCUCUGCCCACCUCACUGUGGUCAUCGUCUUCUACGGGACCUUAUUCUUCAUGUAUGGGAAGCCCAAGUCUAAGGACUCCAUGGGAGCAGACAAAGAGGAUCUUUCAGACAAACUCAUCCCUCUUUUCUAUGGGGUGGUGACCCCCAUGCUCAACCCUAUCAUCUACAGCCUGAGGAACAAGGACGUGAAGGCUGCUGUGAGGAGCCUGCUGAGACCAAAAGGCUUCACUCAGUGA